AUGGAGGCAAUCGACGAGAAGGAGAAGGUGACGAUUCGAGACGUCAGCCACGACGAGGAAGGGAUAAAGCUAAUCGAAAAGGCGAAGAUCGACUCUCGCAACAUCGACACCAUUAGGUACGUUGAGAGGAAGCUCAUUGACAAGGGAUUCCAGCGUCUUGAACGCCAGCCGGUUCAGCCGCCGCCCAAGUCCGGCCAUGGCGGCAAGUUCACUUGGGAAGGACCCCGCGAUUCCAUUCAGAACGAGCUCUCCCCCGCCCCGGCUGCCAUUGAUGAGAACGAUCCGAACUAUGUCGAUGAAGUGGAGGAGAAGGAGGAGGAGGUCGCCGGAUUGGUGGUCGGUGAAGUGGAGGUGGCCAAGGCGGCGGAGGUCAUGGAGGGGGUGUAA